GGGCGAGCCGGCCUCCGGCUCCCCGCGAGUGCGGAGAGGAAGCGAAGCCGCCGCGGGCCCGCUGGGCUCCGCAGCGGGAGGGGCGGGAAAAUCACGGAACCAGUGCCUUCAGUCCUCGAAGUUGUGCGGCCCCGGCCCGCUAAGAACGAGGCCGGGGCGCCAAGGGGGCCGGACGGGGGGCGGGGCCCGGGGCCACGCAGCCUCCCCUCUGCGGACGCUUAACGAGGCAACGGAAAGCGGGGGCUGGCCCGGCUCGGGCUCGGAGGAUGCACACCCUCUUCACAGAGGAGGUUCUCCCUCCAACUUAUUCCCGAGAGAAAGAUUCCCAGCCGCUAUCUAGGCCAACCCAGCCCCUUUACACACCCACACCUUCUCAGGCCAGGUGCAGUCUCAGGCCUCCAUUCCUUGUCUCUGAAGUGAUAGGGCCGGACUCCUUCCCUGGCUCGUGCCCUUCUUCUGUGACUUCUGGAGGAAACAGUGUGGAUGCAUGGAGUCCUCAGCGGAGAGAGGAGGAGGAAGAAUUCUGACCGCAAGCCCUCAGCACUCUGUAUAGCUUGGCCCACUUGAGAGAGAGAAGUGAGGAAAUUGACUCCUGGAUUAAGGUCCUGGGAGGAGGCGAGGUGACUCCAGGACUGUCCCAAGUGGAAUAUGCUCUCCGGAGACACAAACUGAUGACUUUGAUCCAGAAAGAAGCCCGAGAUCAGAGUGGGACAGACCAAGCGGUGGUCUUGCUCUCUAAUCCCACCUUCUACAUGAGCAAUGACAUCCCCUACGUCUUCCACCAAGACAAUAAUUUCCUGUACCUCUGUGGAUUCCAGGAGCCCGACAGUAUUCUGGUCCUUCAGAGCCUCCCUGGCAAGGAGCUGCCCGCUCACAAAGCCAUGCUCUUUGUUCCCCGGCGGGAUCCUAGCCGAGAGCUCUGGGAUGGGCCACGGUCGGGGGCUGACGGAGCCGUGGCUCUCACUGGUGUGGACGAAGCUUUCCCUCUGGAGGAGUUCAAGCAUCUGGUCCCCAAACUGAAAGCGGAGACAAGUACAGUUUGGUACGACUGGUCCAAGCCCUCGCACGCCCAGCUGCAUUUGGAUUUCAUGAAACCUGUGACUGAGGCCAAAGCCGGGAGCAGGAACAGGGUGCGAGCUGUCCGGCAGCUGAUCCAGCGCCUCCGGCUCAUCAAAUCCCCCUCCGAGAUAGCACUCAUGCAGGCCGCCGGGCGGCUGACAUCACAGGCUUUUGUAGAGACCAUGUUUGCUAGCAAAGCCCCAGUGGAUGAAGCGUUUCUUUAUGCAAAGUUUGAAUUCGAGUGCCGGGCUCGAGGUGCAGACAUCUUAGCCUACCCCCCUGUGGUUGCGGGGGGGAACCGGUCUAAUACUUUGCACUAUGUGAAGAACAACCAAAUUAUUAAGGAUGGGGAGCUGGUGCUGCUGGACGGAGGCUGUGAAACUUCUGGCUACGUGAGCGACAUUACCCGGACCUGGCCUGUCAAUGGGAGGUUCUCCGCAGCCCAGGCAGAGCUCUAUGAAGCUGUGCUGGACGUCCAGAAGGCAUGCCUGGCUCUGUGUCGCCCCGGCAAGAGUCUGGAGGACAUCUACAACCACAUGCUGGCCCUGAUCGGGCAGAAGCUGCAGGAGCUCCGGGCACUGAGCAGCCACCGGGCCAACGGCACCAUCAAGGCAGCUCGGAAGUACUGCCCCCAUCACGUCGGCCAUUACCUUGGUAUGGAUGUCCAUGACACGCCGGACAUAUCCCGCUCGCUGCCCCUCCAGCCCGGCAUGGUGGUUACCAUCGAGCCAGGCAUCUAUGUUCCUGAAGGUGACUGUGAUGUCUCUGAGAGAUUCCGGGGUCUCGGUGUGCGCAUUGAGGACGACGUGGUGGUGACCGAGGGCUCGCCCCUCAUCCUGUCUGCAGAUUGCCCUAAAGAGAUGCACCAUGUGGAGCGGAUCUGUGACCGGGGCUCUUGACCCGAAGCUCAGGCUCCUGGGCAGACCCAUACACUCACCCCUUGAGGAGCUUCCACGGAUGUGCACACGCAUAUAUUCUUGAGUAUAUGUUUGUGCAUAUAUGUGUAUAUAUACAUAUAUACAUAUAUUCAUGUAUAUAUGUAUAUAUGUUUGUAUGUAUUCCCUUCCUUGGGAGUUGGGGGGAGUCUUUAUGCGGACAUUUUCCUUUUAUACUUGGGAAGCCUAAAGAGGGAAUUCUUCAGCUCUGGAGAGGGGGGGGGGGCUGUUUAUACUGCAGCAGUGACUUAGGCCUGCUCAAGGUUUAAAGGUAAAGGGGUAGGUGAGGUCUGCAUUUCCUCUGGUCUUUAAUUAGUAAAUCUUUCAUUGACAAAGGCAGGAAAAAGAUGCCCCUCUCCCACCCUCCCAAUCUAGCUGUUCCUGCUUCCAGGGACUCCAUGGUUGGUUUCCAUGGGAGGGGUUUGAGUGUUCACCCCCUGGACCUGCCUUAGAGGCCUGGAAACAAGGCACAAAGCUCUCAGCUUCUCCUCUUCCUCUCUCCCAUGGGGGACCACACUCCACACCCAGAAGCCCUUAGCUGACCACGUUGUCUCCACAACUUGGGUUGGCUGGCUGCUGAGGCUACACCCUCAGUGAGGUGAUGGCUCGGAGUCCAUCCCUUGUGGCAGGCUGGGAAAGGGCUUUGAGGGCAGAAGAGGAGCUUGGUUCUGGACCGACCUUUCCUCUCCUUUUCCCAGCUUCCUGGAGCUUAUCCUGCCCUAGUGCAGUGACCCAUUCCCUGGUCAGGUGGGCCCAGCUCGGCAGCCUCUCCAAGGCUGAAGCUCAGUCUGAGCAAGGGAGACUUGCUGUCUCUCCCGCCAUUUGCUUCAGGCAGUGCUAAUGCUAGUAAAGCUGCUGAUGAGCCUUCAGCUGUCCUUUGAAAUCCUGGUGUCCUGGCUGGGCUCGGGGCACACCCAGCCCUGGCCUUGGUGCUGGGGCCUCGCUAGGGAGGGACUCUUAGGAAAGGGUUAAGAGUCAGUGCCAAAAUCAAAGCCCAACUUCACAAAGUGCCAGUAAAAGGACCACAGAUUGUUUAAUAAACACGUCAGGGAAACGAGCUUGAGAAAUGACACCCUUCAUGGAGUGCUGGAAGUGUGCCUAUCUGAUAGGAAAACUGGAGAGAGAUACAGAGGAAGCCAAGGGCGGGCAGCUGGGCGCUCCUUCGGGAGGCAAGGAUAAUGUUACAAAGCCAAAGUGUUACAAAUUAUAUCCGGGCUGCCCUUCCCCUCCCUUCCCUGCUGAAAAGAGGCCCGUGAUGGCUGGACAGCUGGAGCAGGUGUCCACGAGGAGGCCCAGUGUUCCAGAGAGCCGAGAUGUCCCUUUACAUACAGCCUUGACCCCUGCACACACACAUACACAUAUACACUUUCUCCAUCUCUCUCUCUCUCUCUUGCCCAGGCCCCAACUUCAGCCUGCCAUUUGCCACUUAAGUGAAAAAAAUGAGACAAGCAAGGUAGGAAGGCUUUUUUAAACUUGGAAAACCCUAGAAUAAAAGCUUGACCUUUCUAUAUGGCAUUCCUUGUGAAAACACAGUAACAAGUUUGCAACUUUCUAGCUGAGAAACUGGCCAAACUUGGGCAGAACACUUUCUUGUAUUUGAUACUUACCUCCUCCUCCCCCCUUCAAAAAGAAACUUUCAGGUCACUGGGAAGGUCCUAGGCCCUAGAGCCCUAAGUGUGCCUUUGAGUAGAAUUGUGGAGCUGCUGUGGCCACUGUAAAGUCCCUCCAUCAAGGUCUCUUGUCACCCAAGUCCCAGCAUCUUAACAGGACCCUCCUGGAUACUUGAACAACUGAUGCUCCUGAGGUCAAAAUCCCCUCCCCCCUCCCCCCCAGCACCGUCACCCUGAAGACAGUAUUUUAUGAGGUGUCUGGCUUUGCUAGGUUUGGGAAUUGGAGAGCAGACAGUCGUUCCACCCAGGGUGCAUCCUUGGUGUUUAGCAUUAAGAUUGGUUCGCCAGCCAAAAAAGUAUUAGAUCCUUUCAACAUCCAUCCACACCUCCAAGUGAACGCUUUUAUUGGGCAGUGAUUGGGGAAAAAAAAUGCAAGGAUAUUCUUUUUCUUCCCUAAGAGGGACUCGAGGAAACAAUAACAACGGCGAAGUUAUUUCAAGGUGGUUCUCAUUGGCUCCCAAAACUAUUUGCAUUUAUGUUUGUUGAUAUCAAAAAUGUUUCUUCCUUGGUUUCUGGGUGAAGAGAAAGCAGCAGCCCCAUUGCUGAGGGGUCACUGUUGGGUGACCCUUUGUGAUGUGUCUGAUCUCAGAGUGUUCUCAUUUAUUCUAGAAAGGGCUAAAAGGGAAGACCUCCAUCUCACACAGCUCCCCUCUUCUUGAGAGCAAGGGUCAUUGUGAGACAAAUCAAUUUGUCCUCAAUUAAGUGUAUCCUCAGGGAGUUAGGGCCUCUGCAAAUCUGACCACACUGUGGACUCUGCUUCCCAUGGUGGCAUUAGGAAGGUCCGAUAAUAACAAAAGAGAUUUUACUCUUGAAGAGGAGGAGGGAGGGUUGGGUUUGGGGGCGCUUUUUUAUUUGGUAUCCAUUCUUGCCACUUAGUGAAACAGUGUUAAAGCCAGACGGGGCCAACAAAGCCGUUGUCUUGAGAGGUGUCCCUUUAAGCUGCUGAGUUUGCUCAGGUGCCGGGCUAGGCUGGACUUUAACUGCAACAGGAGAGAAGGGUUGGAUCACCAAAUACCUCAUGGAACCCUUGGGAGAUGAGACUCUUCCCUUAUACCAGGGCCCUUCCCAAGUUCACAGAGCAGCUGAAUCUUUCUGACUGCCCUCUCCUUCCUGCACCCACGGGAAAAUCAUGGCAGAUUCACAGAGGGGAAUGGUCUCCUCGUGGGGUAGCUGAUCUCAACCAGCAUUCUGACAGUUUUAUGAACUUUCUGUGAAUAUCGAGUUGGACAAAAUGCUGUUACUUUGUAAAGACUCGCCCACCGAGAUAUCAGGUAUUUCCCAACAAGGGAAAAAUUUUGUUACCAGUGUUUAAAAAUAAACUAAUACUGUACGUUG